AUGAAGUUUGACGGCAAGACCAAGGCUGUUCUCGCCGAGUGGCCGCUGACCUACAUCAAGCGGUGUGCGUCGACCCGGUCGACCUUUACCGUCGACUUUGGCAUGCACGAAGAGGCGUACCACACGUAUCAGACCUCAGAGGGCGAGUCGAUCCAGGCCGUCAUCGAAGGCUACCAGCACCUGGCCAAGUCACGGGAGGAGCAAGCCGCCGAGGACGAAAAGCUGCGCCAGGCCCGUGGCCCGUCGCUGGAGGAGCAGGAGGCCGAGGCGUCUGCCGCCACCAAGGCCAAAGACGAAAAGCGGCGGUCGCGCGUGCCGGGCGCCGACAGCUCGGACUCGAGCGCCGCCGGUCCGUCGGGUGGCGGCGGCGAUGGCAUCCAGCGCGGCGCCGCCGGCGAGAUCGUCGUCGACGCCUCUGAAGUCUCUGUCAAGCUCAACCAGAUUGGACUCGCGGACCUCAAUGUGGAGCUGGUGUACGUGACCAAACUCAUUACCAACGCGCUGGAGGACGUGGCCGCGCCUGCGGCGGCGGCGCCGGUGGCGGACGAGUCGUGGCGGCGCGAGGCGAUGACCACCGUCCGCGGCACCAUUUCGGAGCACACCGUCCGCCUCUGCAUUGCGGUAGCCAAAGUCAUUGCGGCUGUUGUGGUGCUCAAGGCCGACGACUUUGAGGCUGGCCUUCUGUACUCGGCAGUCAAGCUCAUGGGCGAGGCUGUGACCCAGCUCGUCACCGCCUGCCGCGCCAUCGGCGCCCUCGCCGAGGGCAUGGUCGGCGUCAUGGUCGUUGACAUGUGCCGCAUGGUGAUCACGGCGUCGCUUCGGGUGGUGACAGCGGCGACACGCGCGGCCGUGGCUCUGGCCGACUCGCGGGUUGACGCCGCCAUGCGCGACGAGCUCCUCUCCGCCGCCCAGACGACCGGCAACGCAGCGUGGGAGCUGCUCCGCCGCGCCAACGCCAACGACGUGCAGGACGGCCACUUUAAGGUGAUGGAAAAGGCCCUGGCGGCAGCGGCGCGGGCAGUGACCAUUGUCGUGGCCUGCGCCAAGAUGUCGUCAGAGGCCCUGCCGCAGUCGACUGCCAAGGACGCUGUCGUCGACGCCGCCAUGGACGUCUACACUUGCGUCACCCACAUGACUGCAACCGCGCGGGUCACUCUCCCGUCCAUCCUCAACGAGGUCUCGCUUUCCGAGCUCGAGGCGUGCACCGCCGACGUGCUCGAUGCCAUUGCCGUCGUCAUUGCCACCAUCCAGAGCUCGGGCCUGACUGGCGACCACAUCGCCAACGCAACGGCAGCCCAAACCGCGGCCCAGGAGGCUCUGGAGGCCCUGCUGGCCGCAGCGCGCGACCCGGGCGACCGCGCCUCGUUCGAGGAUCUUCUCCGCAACGCCUACGAGCAUGUCUCCGCCGCCAUCUCGUCGCUCAUCAAGCACGGCUCGGACCCGACCGCCAUGCUGCAGUACGUCAAGGCGGCUGGAUCAACCGCCACAGACCUGGUCAACUCGCUCAACCGCGCCGCAGAGCUCUCGUCGGACCCGGAGCUCCGCAACAGGCUCCUCGCCGCCGCCAACCAGGUCUCGCAGUUUGCGCAAGCACUCGUUCUCGCUGCCAAAAACUCGCUCGCUAACCCCGGCGACGCCGACGCAGCCUUCAAGGUCUCGCAGAUUGGCAUGAAGCUCGACGCGCUCGUCCAGCAGCUCCUCCUCGACUUUUCCGUCGCCCUUGCUGACCCCAACCUCGGCGAUGAGUUUGACGACUUUUCCGCCCUCGUCAACGCCUCCAAGAACCUCGGAACUAAGGUCCGCAAGUUCUCGGCCGCCGCUACCGGCGCCGACGGCGCUGACGGUGGCGCGCCCAAAAGGUCAGGCGGCGGCCUGCUGGCCGCUGCCGCCGCUGCCCGCGCUCUCGGCCCCGGCCAAUGA